CAUAACAAACCUACAAAAAAAUGUAAACCUCAAUAAAACCUGGGAAAAAAUACAAAGAGCAAUUCAAAAAGUGGCAAAAAGUACACUACCUAAAAAAGAAAAGACGCCUAAACUUCAAGACUACCAAAUUGAAAAUGAGGAGUUGAAGAAUUUGAGGAAAGAUAUAAGAGUAACGGGAAAAUGGUGUCGUAAGCUCAAAAAACCCUCACAUUUCGAGGAUACAACAAACUCAUAUGAAGAGCAGAUGAGCAAGGAAGCAAGAGAAUGGCUAGCAGUAUUAAAAGACAAAUAUAUAGAAGAUCAGUCUGAAGCAG